AUGCCGACGCGCGCCAUGCGAGCGCACACCCAGUCCGGCGGUGCCUGGGAUUGGGCGGAGGGAGUGGUGGCUGCGGACGCAGUCUCGGGAUUGGCAGAGUUCACCGCCAAACUUGUUGACUCAUAACCGAGCCGCUCCCCUCCAUCCUUCACGGCGCAGAGCUGUCCACUGCCAGUGGUGCUGAAGCUGCCACCUACCCGAGGGCGCCGUUGGAGCAAUUUCCAUCUUUUCUUCUUUCUUUUUUUCUCGUUCGCGGUUUCAUCCACACGUCGAGCUUUUUAAAAAGUGACAUUGCUCCCGAACGACAUCCUCCAGGCGUCGCGUUUAAGCGCCACUCCAGCGUCCGGAUUUCCAUCCGCCUCCGCCGCUCUUUCCGAGAGCGCGUCGAGCCCUCAACUUCUCAGCCGUCAGAGAGAGAGAGAGGACGCUCCCGAGUGCGCAGCCAUGGCUUUCAUGGUGAAACACAUGGUGGGAGGACAGCUGAAGAACCUGACGGGCGGGCUGACGGAGGAGAAACCCGAGGCGGAGAAAACAGACGCCGGCGCGCAGGGGAUGACCCAAGAGGAAUUUGAACAAUACCAGCAACAGUUAGAGGAGGAGAAACAAGAACGAGAAGCACAGUUUGCCCAGAAGAAAGCUGAGAGAGCUACAGUUAGAACUCAUUUCCGGGAAAAGUACCGAUUACCAAAGAAUGAGACAGAUGAGACCCAGAUCCAGCAGGCGGGCGACGACGUGGAGCUGCCCACGGAGCUGGCCAAGAUGAUUGCUGAAGACAACCAGGAGGAGACGCACAAGCAGUCGGUGCUGGGCCAACUGUCCAACAUCCAGAACGUGGACAUCGACCAGCUGAAAGACAAAGCCCAGGCCACACUGGAAGACCUGAAAAAGCAGACGGAGAAUUGCAGUCUCAUGUGAUGUGGCCAACUCUGCGCCCCAAAGGAUCAGAGUUUUACUCGUGCAAAUAGUUGUUGUUUUUUUCAGAGGCAGAGCUGCUCUAGAGAUAGAAAUAUUCUUGUUGCUUCUGUGGAAUGUCAGUUGGCAGAGCCACAUAAUAACAGUUAUUCUAGCCGUGCAAAGUUGGAAAGACGCCCCGCCGAAAAGAGGGUAAAAGACGAGGCGGCUGAUAUUUUGCAAUCUGGGGCUCAUACUACUAAGUAGAAGGAAACUAGCUUUUUUUGCCAUAGCGUCAUCUAAGCGAGCUAGUUUGACGAGUGUACCCGUUGCCCUUCAAAUAUCCUAUAAGUCGUGAAUGUCAUUCAUAUAUUUUUACUGAAAUUCGCUGAGUUGCACUCUCAAAGCCUGCGGUUCUUUGGCUCCUCCUAUUGAUUCAACCGACAAGAUUAUAUCUGCAUUCAGGACAACUCCUCCUCUGAGAAAACGUUAUCCAGUGUAUCAAAUCCUUUCGGUCCCCAAACUCCCCCCGUGUGUCUGAACCUCAUGUGACCUGUGAUAACACGAUAUGAUCCUGCAGCAGAGGUCUCAGUGUGUGAGUGUGUGUGUGUGUGUGUGUGUGUGUGUGUGUGUGUUUUAUUGCUUUCAAACACACAGAGCAGCGGCGAAUUUCACAGAACACUCAUCAGUAAAAUCCGCCGCUUUGUUGGAAAGAGAAAAAACACAUACACAACACUGACGCUGACCCAUGUCAGGAAGUCACAUGUGUGUGCUAUGUUGGAUGCAGGGAAUUGGAGAAUUUAUUUUAGGAUGAAUAAAAUGAACAAGCCAUUUGUGGAUUUGUUUACAUUUCACGUACAAAAGCACAAAACCUUGAAAUGGCCAAUAUUCAUCUAGAGCAACAAGCCAGGCUGAUCGUUGUUGUAAGUAGCUUACUAAUGCUGGCGCCCUGGUGCCCAGACAAAAGCUCCUUUCAACAUUAGUUUUAAUAUUUUCCUGAACAUAUCAUUACACAGGCGUUUGUAGCUUUUCUCCGUACUUCAGCGUGCCUUGGACGUCCGCACAAGGCUGUCUCCUUCACAGCUUCAAGCUCCCUGUAAGCUACGUUUUACAAAAACGGGCCUUCUUGUUUGCUCCUGCGGGGACUUUCUGUUUUUAUCAAGUUGAAAUACAGUCAACCAAACAGUGUUUGCUGCAUUUUAUAAGCUAAUACAGAAAAGUGUGUAAAAUAACUCUGUUCCCAAAUUUAACCUGGCAUCAAUACCAACCACAUUUAGGGAGUAAAUCUGUUUUUGUGCCGUGUCCAGGGGGACAAAAAAAAGAGCGAAAAGCUGCUCGGAUACGAGAAAUGUAAAUGCUUUAGAAGUUGCAUUCCAAAGGAAAAGGCAUCAAUAUGUCCGACUGUGUCACUGAAGUGGUGUGUAUAAAUCCACAUACAAACAUUUAUGUUGCGUAAGAUGUAAAUGUAUGUCCUGUUUGCCUAUAAUGUCAACAGCGGGCCGUCGCUCGCUAUGCUGUCAUCGCCUCGCUGGGUCUCGUGGUGUUGUCGACCGUCGCGUGACCUUUGACCCCGUCCCCCACCUGACCGACCCCCGCGCCCUCGCUGGUGAUGUUUUUGUGCUGGUGCAUUUUGUGCUGUUUAGACGACGUGAUGCGUCAAGUGGUGUCUUUGUGGAACCCUGGUCCUGAGGCUGAGAGCGCCGGUGGUCGCGUCACCGCCGCGUUCGGGCCUCUGCUGUGUCCUCGCCAGUCGUACGUGAAGGCGAGGGCAGUUACAGAGGGGGCGUUGUUGGUGUCGUGUAACAUUCAUAAACAUUUUGCCAGUGUUUGAUUUCAUGUGGCAGUGGUGUGGAGGGUUGAUGUCAGCUUUGAUCGCACAUCUGUCCCCACUUUGAUUCCUGUUGAUUCCAACUGACCCCCGUCCCCGAAAAAAGAUUAGAAAAUGUUUUCAUUUCAAAUAUAAAUUAUUGACAUAUUUUAUUUGAGAGGAAAUGUGGGCAUAAAGGAUAUCGCCUGUUUCCUCUAAACUCGGUGGUGAUUUCCUUGCUGUAGCUACAACACUACCGCUGAAGGAAAGCUGAGGCAACAUGUAGACAUUUUCAGUGCAGUGGUUAUCGUCACGUGAUAGAUGAACAGUAUAUUUGUAACAUUUCAUGAUGAUCAUGAAGCAGAGGAAAAGUUGCAAUAAGUCCUUUUAUGAUCAAGCUAUCUGUCAUGUUUGACGAUAAGACAACGUUGUUGGGUGGAGCAGAAGCCAUAAAGCAAACUGCUUGCUUUGUAUGUGUGUGUGACUUGAAAUAAUAAUUCAAUAACGCCGUAAUAAUAACAAUUGUGAUAUAAAAAAAUGUAAUGUCUGUGCUGUCAUCCUGUGCAAUCGAUUCUUUUUCUUUCGUGAAGUGGCUGCCGUGACACGCAGUUCCUCAUCAUUCUUUGUCUGGUUCUUUGUUUCACAAUAUCUCUGUCAUUCUGUCUCUGAAAGGAUUUCAGUGAUUUCUUUUUUUGUUUUAAAUGCAAUAAAACAGAUUUUUAGGAUAAUGUG